CCUCCAGCUCCUGAUGAGCUCUUACGUAUGAUAAGGUGUAAUAGUCAGACUGAUUGCAGUACAUUAAGGUGUACACGCAAAAAGCACAAUGUGAAAUGCUUCCCUGCUUGUGGCAACUGCAGAGGAUCUGGCUGUGUAAACUCAGACUGGGUGACAUAUAAAGAUGGUGAUGUUGAUGAUGAUGAUGAUGCUGAUGAUGAUGCUGAUGAUGAUGAUGAUGAUGAUGAUGAUGCUGCUGCUGCUGACGAUGAUGAUGAUGCUGAUGAUGAUGAUGACGAUGAUGACGAUGAUGAUGAUGAAAAAGAAGACAAUAACAUUGAUUUAACACAUAAUAAUUAUUGACUAUAGUAACUAUUACAUCUCAAAAAUCCGUUAUUUACUUAUUAUACUUUAUAGCCUUUACAUGUAAGUAGUUGAAAAAAAUUCAGGAAGU